GUUUGCUGAUCAUGCGCAACUAGCCAAGUGGUUCGUCGAUGCCUGGUAUUGCUCUGCUCUGUGUUCUAGUUGCUGUCUGAAUUAUUAGUUCUGCUGAACAGUGAUGCAGAACUACCGUAUUAUCGGGAAGAAAGGAGAAGGCACUUUCUCUACUGUGUUGAAAUGUCAGAACAUUAAGGAUGGUUCGUACUACGCUUGCAAGCGCAUGAAGCAGAGCUUCAAGAGCCAAGCAGAAGUGAACAAUCUAAGAGAGAUACAAGCGAUGCGCAAGCUCAUGCCGCAUCCAAACAUUGUACAACUUAUAGAAACAAUCUAUGAUCGUCGUACGGGCACUUUGGCUUUGGUGUGUGAACUGCUGGACUGUAAUAUUUAUGAUUUUAUUCGUGGAAGGAAACAUUACUUGCCAGAGACGCAAGUAAAGCGUCUCAUCUAUCAAUUGUGCAAAGCCCUGGAGUUCAUGCACAGGAAAGGAAUAUUUCACCGUGAUGUAAAACCAGAGAACAUUCUUCUCAAGGGUGAAGUCGUCAAGUUGGCUGAUUUUGGUUCAUGUCGCAGUAUUUACUCCAAACCUCCAUACACAGAAUACAUAUCAACUAGAUGGUACAGAGCACCUGAAUGUCUUCUAACAGAUGGCUAUUAUUCUUAUAAAAUGGAUGUUUGGAGUGUGGGAUGCGUUUUGUUCGAAGUUCUCAGCUUACACCCUUUUUUUCCUGGAACAAAUGAAUUGGAUCAAAUUGCAAGAAUACAUGAUACAUUUGGUACCCCAUCACCUGACCUAUUGUCUAAAUUCAAAAAGUCCCGUGCAUUGGAUUUUAAUUUUCCAAGAAGAAUUGGUACCGGAAUUAGUCAACGGUUAGCUCCUUGUAAGACAUCCAAGGAUGGCAUUAAAUACAUCAAUGAAUGUUGUAUUUAUGAUCCAGAUGAAAGAAUGAGUGCCAAGCAAGCACUUAGACAUUCAUACUUCAAGGACUUGUGGGAUUUAGAACAUAAUGCUGCUGCUGCUGCCGCUGCAGAUGAACAUACAGGAGACAAAUUUGGUGUUUUGUCGAGAGGAACACCAGCAGAGCCCAGUGCUAAAACACAACAGUACAGAAAAGCCUUCAAGCGGAGAAGGAAACCACGACUUAGGGAAGAUGCUGAAUUUCUACCAACUGCUGUUCCUACUAUUCACCAGUCAAGACACAGUCACCUACCAACCCUUGUUCCUGCCAGCAGCAUGAUGUUACCACAAAUUGUGAAAGCAAAGCAAUCCAAGCCACAGCACAGAAACCCUCAUGAUUCAAUGUUUGGUUACCCCAGUCAAUUUCCAGCAAUACACAAACGAGGAGCAGGUGGUGGAGGAUUGUCAUAGUAUUGUCAUAGUGUCAUUACGUCAACAAUAAUAUGAGCAUCUGUAGUCAAGAAGAGAAUGGAUUAUGUCAUUGUAUAUUGUAGAUAGUUGAUAUUUCUCUAUUAUCCCCAUGAAACUGAUUACAUUGUAGCAGAGAUAGAAUGACAAUAAGUUUAUUAUAAUUUAUAAUCAUAAUAUUUUAUGGU